UGUCAAAUUGUCUUUGACCUACUACUACUAUUACUCAUGUUAAAAUGAGUGUCAAAGGAUUUUUUAAAAAUGUAUUAAAUACUGAUGUGAAAAUUGGAGAACAAGAAGAAGGAACUACAACCGCUGGGACUGCUACAACUGGAGUAAAUAAUUUCUUAUCUGGUACAUCGAAAUUUCUUGAUUCAGUUCAAACAAAAAAGAAUGGUUUAAUCAAUGAUUUAUCACAUAAAUUAACAUCAUUUAAAAUACCCGGCGAACAAUCAACCAAUGAGAGUGGAAAGAAAAAGAAAUCUACCACCAACAAUGACGAUGAUGGAGAUGGCGAUGGAGAUGACGAUGACAGUUCAGCUAGUGAAUAUGGUGAUGAUGGUGAUCGUCCAAUGUAUGCAGAAGUUGCACCAAUUGAACGUCAAGUAUCCGUUGAAAGUGUUGAUAGUUUACCAGAUGAAGAUGCUGAACGACGUAAAAUAGAAAUUCGUGCCUUAGUUUCUAAUUUAAUUCAACAAAGCCCAAUCAAUGAGAAAAUGGUGAAAAAUUUCAAAGAUUUCAUUAUGAGGCACAGUGGUCGUUCAAGAUAUGCUAAAGAACUAAGAUCUCAAACAAAAGGUAUGAAAUGUAUAUCAAAUCAACUAUUGGAACAAUUGGCCUUAUUUGUUGGUCCAUUAUUAAAUCAAUGUAAUGAAAAUGAAGAUUAUACACCAGCUUACAUUAUUAUGCAAUUAAGUUUUUCAUUAUACCAUGAAACUGUCUCUCCAAAUGGUACGGCUGAACAAAAAUAUCUUUAUGUAUUAUUGAAAGAUCAAGUGAUUUGGCAAUCAAUGCGAUUUUGGAAUGCGGCUUUUUUCAUUGCGCUACAACGUGAACGUGCUGAACGUCAAAGAUAUCCAAUCGCUGAAGGUGAUGAUCCAAUUCAAGCAGAAACUGAUUUUCAAAAUGAUAUUGCAUAUUCACAGUUAAGCAAAUUUCUAUGGCGUAUGUAUGCAUUAGGAAUGGGACAUGAAUUAUGUGUGGAUUUUCUACGUAAACAAGCUAGUGCAACAAAUUUACCUAAUGAUUUAAUCAGAACCAUUCAAAAGAAUCUUCAACAUUUCUUUGAAACAACUACCAAUCCUACAGAAAUGUUACAAUGAUUGAGUUCAUCAAUUCAAUUUAACAAUAAGAUUUGAUCAUGUCAUUUAUAGUUUUAUUUAUUUAUUACUCUUAUUGUUUUAUUCCGACACGCAAAAUAACACUUUUUCGCCAACAUUUUUGUUUUUUCAUAUCACUACACAAGGUCAUUGAAGGUUUUCUGGUUUGUUUAUCUAUCUAUCUUACUCUCUACUCACGUCUGUCUGUCUAUCUAAACAGGUCAUAUUAUCCAGUCAUAAUGUCAAUUGUUUGUGUUGUUAUUAUUUUUUACUUUUCAAUGAUUGGUUGAAGCGAUGAGCAUUUCUUUUUUUUUGUUUUCAAGGUUAUCUUGUUUGUGUGUAUCACACUCUAUAACUGUGUGUGUGUCUGUGCAUAAAAAAGUUAUUCAUAAGUCUGUCUGGAUCACAAAAUGAGGACAUAGUAAAAUGUUGAUCAAUUCCAAAAUUAAUUUUGUGUAAUUUACAUUUUACACUAUUUAUAAUCUCAUUUUAUUUGUCAUUGAUCACUGAACAACAAAAUUAUUUAUGUUUAUUUACUAUUGAAUAUAAUGUUUUAAUUGAUUUGAAUAAUGAAGAGCUUUAAAAUGG